AUGGACCCCCACAUGACCGCCGAGGACCGCUGUGCCUGGACUCCGCCACGCACCGCCGCCUGCGGCAGCGGCUCUCGCCCCCGCCCGCCUUCCCCGCCAAGAAGAAGAAGCUGGUCAACUUCCGCAUCUCCCGCCGCAGGGCCUCGGCCGCGUCGCUCGAGCCGCAGGACGUCCGCAGGCGGGCGGCCAAGAGGAACUCCGUCACCUUCGAGGACCCCGACGGCGACGACGACGAUGACGACGACGACGGCGACGAGGACGUGUACCAGAGCUUCGACCACGAGCGGAGGAACCUGAACGAGGUCCCGAGGGCCGCCCACAGGAGCCACGCCCCCAGCCGGCCCCCCGCGCGCCGCCCGCGCCGCCAGGCCCACCUCAACGGCGGCCUGAGGCCCACGCCGCCCACGGUGAUCCAGGAGUCCGAGCGGCCGGCCCUCAACCGGCGGCGCCGCCCGACGCCCGCGUGGCGGCGCGCGGCGCGGGCGGGACGGGCGGCCGCUCACCGCCCGCCGCAUGGCCUCGGCUCGAGUCCUGGGACAGGCUGAAGAGCGCCCGCCCGAGCCCGACAAGAAGGCCAGCCUGCACAAACGUGGUCUCCAUGCUGACCUGCAGGCGGAGGUCGCGCCCGCGCCCUCCAUCUGGACGCCCUCGGUGCCCCGCUCGCUGCCCUCGCCCAGGCCGGCCAACCUGCUGGAGCAGGAGGAGCGCGGCCGCGGCACCUUCGUCAUCUCGCUGGUGGCCCUGAGCAGCAGGCAGCGGCACCCGGCGAGGCAGACCAAGCUGCAGGGGACGCCGGCCAGAAACCAGCAGGAGCAGCCGGGCCUCGACACCAAGGGCGAGCGGUUCUCGCUCUGGUUCUCCACAUCCCCAAGACGCGCGCUGCAGACGGCCUCCUCCUGCGGCAUGGAGACCGCGCGAAAGGACUCCGCUGAGAACGCGCCGCUUCAUGGCCAGCGUAUGGUCAAUGGUUUGGAAGGCAGCAGGGAUGGUAAUCAUAAUUCUAUUGAUUAUGAUGAAUGA